GCAAGUGCUAAGUCUGCCUUUGAGGCGGCGAGUCCUGCGCAGAGCGGGGUUGCUGCAGGAGAUGUCUGACGCCUCACCCUGAGGAUCGGUCAGUGACGCGAUGGAGCGAGCAAGGGAUCGCUUGCACUUGAGACGGACUACAGAACAGCACGUGCCAGAGGUGGAAGUCCAAGUCAAACGCAGAAGGACAGCCUCACUGAGCAACCAAGAGUGUCAGUUGUACCCAAGGCGUUCUCAGCAACAGCAAGCACCUGUGGUGGAUUUCCAGGCUGAACUGAGACAGGCAUUCUUAGCUGAGACACCAAGAGGUGGUUAAAGCAGUACUGGAACAGCAAGGAAGCUGAUUCCAAGCAAAAACCAGCAAUGUAAUAAAGAUACUAUCCAUCGUU